AUGUUAAAAGAAAAAACAAGAAGUCAACUUACUGAGGAAUUAAGAAAGCAUUGGGAAAAUAAUGAAAGUGAAAAAAAAGGGAAAAAAAAUGAAUUGGAAGAUACCGUAGAAAUAAUGAGAUUAUUAGAAGAAGAAAUAAUUAAAUAUCGCCAAUGCCACCAUCAUUGGGCAAAUGAAAAAGGUGAUGAAGUGGAUGAUAAAUGUUCUAAUGUUCAACCAGAAGACAUUGAGAAAAAAGCUCUUUCUGAACUCUCUUCCAGAUGUGGAGGAACAGGAGCUUAUCCUAGAAAUUAUGAAUCACCUAAUGGUAGUAAAGCAACUUUUAAUCAUUCAUCUCAUUGUGCUAAAUGUGGCAAAUAUUCUAAUGUUUAUCAUUAUAUUUAUGACAAAGACACCGAUAAACUAACUCAAAGUUUUGACAAUGCUUCUAAUCCUAAUAAGCAAAAUGUAUGUGUCGGAAAUGUGGUAAAAAAGGAUUUGGUGGUUAUAUCUACAAAAAAGGUAACGAAGGCAACUUUUACGAAAGAUUUUGUUCCAGUAAGUGUUAUCAAUACUACUACGCUGAAGAUUGCGAUAAGUGUGGCUGUAAAGCUACCGGCAAAUCUUACUAUCGCGAUACGACAAAUUGAACUGGCACUUUAUGCGUCGGGUACCGCAGCUGAAAUGGAUUGGCACAAUCCUAAUGUCAAUGAUGGUAAAAAGUUUUGUUCGAAAAGUUGUUGUUUAAGUCACUAUGCGGAAAAAUGCGACACUUGUAGUAAAAAAAUAGGAACUGGUGAAAAAAGUUAUUAUCAAGAUGCUAAGAAAACCAAAGAAAAACCGGUAAGUUCUAAUUCUUCUGCUAAUAAUCGGAAUGAUUCUCCUAAUCAGCCAUCACCCACUAAUAAUUCUCCCUUUUCUUUUAAUCCUCCAUCAGAGGGAACAAAUUCAAACGGAACAAGUUAUCUCGAUUGUCCUUUCUGCCAAAAAAGAGUUUAUUCGGAAGAAGAAUGCAACCAACAUCUCCAAGAUAGUCUAGAUUGUCAGAAAAAGCAAGAAAUUAUGAAACCUAUUGCGGAAAAAAUAGAAAAUAAUGAAAGUAUUCUCGAUGUUAAGGUUGAUGAUCUCGGUUUAAAUCAAGAAAUGACCAUAACUUUAAAAGCAGUUCAGCGAAUUCAACGGGGAGAAAAAGUUAAUAUUGACCAACUAAAUAUUUCUGAGGAGGCCAAAAAACAAUUACGCAAUAUUAAGAGUUUAAAGGAUUAUCGAAGGGAAGAAUCAAAUUCUGACCCAAAAAAGAAAUUUUAG